AUGGCUGAAGAUGGUUUACCUAAAAUUUAUUCUCCUCCUCCAACAGAAAGCAAUAAGACGCCAACUGAAGCAACCAUUUUCUUUGGGGCUGACAGCACUAUUCCAAGGUCAGAAACAACAAUUACUUCAGAAGGAGAUCACAUUACUUCAGUAAAUGAGUAUACGCUAGAAGGUGAUUUUUCAGGCAACAAACUUACACCUACAAAGGAAAAACUCAAGUCAGAAAAUGAUUUUGGAAAAGAAAUUACCACUCUGACUGGCACUACAAACUCCAUGGCAAAUGACUCUAUUACUGAAAAUUUUAUUCCAGUGAAAAUCAGAAAUAAUUCAUCACCAGUUGCUACUGUUUCUUUGAUAGAUUUUUCCACUGACAUAGCAAAAGAAGAUAUCCUCUUGGCUACCAUUGACACAAGGGAUAAAGAGAUCGCAAUAACUUCUGAAGUAUCUGGCCCACGAAAGGACUGCACUGCCAGUGGUGCUGAUACUCCUGCCUUUCCAAUUGAAGAAGGUGAAGCUGAUGUUAACUAUAAUUCCUCUGUCAAAUCCAAUGUCCCCACUGAUGAGCCUAUCCAGAUCACUGAUUCCUUUAUUCCUAAGGCUAAAAUCUUUCCUAUUAAUGAAAACAAUUUUGCCACUAUUCCAGAUAUAACUGCCCUUGUAGACAAGGAAAUAACUGAAAUUGGCCUAAUUGCUUCAGAGGAUGACCCCAGUGCUGUGACUAAAUUAACAGACUCUGACGAGGAAAAGUUCAUCACUGUAUUUGAACUCACUAUCUCUGGGGAGAAAGACAAAGAUAACUCAGAGGAUAUUCCAUUAACUGAUGAAGAGCCUGCAACUGAAGGGGCCAGUGUUUGGAUGGAGAGAGAUACCGCCAAUGAAGCAGAAACCCAUUCUGUUUUGCUUACUGCGGUCGAAUCAAGAUAUGACUUCAUUGCCCCUGCAUCAGCAGCUGCAAACCUCAUGGGAGAAUCGUCUACUAAGACAACAGAAGAUUUGUCUGAGAUGGAUAAAGCAGACACUGUAACUAAGAUUAUCGAACCAUUUUCUGAAAUUACCUCUAUCUUAGAUACCCCAAACUACAUGGAAGACACAUCUACAGCGGAAACGGGUGUCUUUAAGCUCCUGAAAGAAGAACCAGAUGAGUUCAUGAUUUGA